AUGAACAAAGCGCUGAGCCAGGUUUCCAAAUCACCUUUUGCGAGGAACAUAGAAGAUGCAGCUCUUCCUCGGCGGUUCUCCCAGCCUACAUUCGCUCUGUACGAUGGGCGGUCAGACCCAGUGGAGCAUGUUAGCCAUUUUCGCCAGAAAAUGGCUAUUUAUUCCAGAGACGAAGCCUUGAUGUGUAAGGUUUUUCCAUCGAGUUUGGAUCCGGCGGCGAUUAGGUGGUUCAAUGGGUUAAAGGCCAAUUCUAUUGGGUCUUUCAAAACCCUUACUCAAGCUUUUGGCGCUCGCUUUAUCACUUGCAGUAGGGUGCCUCGGUCUCUGGAAUCCCUGUUGUCUAUGACUAUGCGAGAGGGUGAAACUCUUAAAGUUUAUUUGGACAGAUAUUGGGAAAUGUUCAACGAGAUAAAAGGAAAGAAUGACGACGUGGCCAUAAGUACUUUCAAAGUUGGCCUCCCAACUGAUCAUGACUUAAGGAAAUCCCUAACUCGUAAACCAGUAACCAGCGUACACCAGUUGAUGGAUAGAAUUGAUAAGUAUAGAAGAGUUGAGGAGGAUCAACUUCAAGGAAAAGGAAAAGCUAAAGUAGUCCCUCAGGAGAUGAGGGAUUUCAGGUCAGACCGUUACAACAAUAACCGACCUCGGAGAGACUUCGUCGGACAAUCAGGAUCUGCAGAUACCCAAACGGUCAACGCAAUGUUUCGAGAGUCGAUGCAGCAGGUUCUGCAGAAAAUAAAGAAUGAGCCCUUUUCCAAGUGGCCGAAUAAGAUGGCAGGCGAGCCCAGAAAAUGCAACCCGAACUUGUAUUAG